AGGAAGGCAAAAGUCGACGGCAAUCCAGAGUAGAGCGACACUACACCAGCGACCCCGCCCCCUCUGAGUUGCGCCGCCGUUUCCCCGCCCGUUCCUCCCGGCGCCGCCCCUCACCCCGCGCUCCGCCUCCGCGGCCUCCUCCGCCGCGCCUUCUCCGUCUGCGAGCGGCAGCGCCCGAUCGACGAAUCUCGCGAUGGCUGGCGGCGGCGGGUUCCUCGACCUGGAGCGGCACUUCGCCUUCUACGGCGCGUACCACAGCAACCCGGUCAACGUCUUCAUCCACGCGCUCUUCGUCUGGCCCAUCUUCCUCACCGCCCUCCUGCUCCUCCACCUCGCCGCCCCGUUCCCGCGCGCCGCCGCGGUCUUCACCGCCGUCUACGGGGCCUUCUACGUCUCCCUCGACCGCCGCUCCGGCGCGCUCGCCGCCCUGCUCUGCCUCCUCUGCUGGGCCGCCAGCUCCGCCCUCGCCGCCCGACUCGGCUUCUCUGUCGGAUGGAAGGUGGUAUUGAUAGCUCAGCUGUUCUGUUGGACUAUGCAAUUCAUUGGCCAUGGAGUUUUUGAGAAGCGGGCACCUGCUCUAAUUGACAAUCUUGUCCAGGCUUUGAUGAUGGCCCCAUAUUUCGUGCUUCUAGAGAUUCUCCACAAGUUUGCUGCGUACGAACCAUAUCCUGGCUUCCAUGCCAAUGUGCAGAAGCUGAUUGACGCCAAACGCAAGGAGUGGGCGGACAAGAAAGCAAAGAAGAUGUCCUGAGCUGUGCCCAAGAACCCCUGAUGCCUGAUGCUACGUCUGCUGUGUAACAGCGAAGAUGAGAAUGAUCUGCCCUGUUUGUCGUCUCUAUGUUACUGAAGAUAAACUGAACUGUAGACUGAUAUCAUCCUGAGAUGUGAUACGCUUGUUGUAUGACAUUGGUACGUAUAAGAUGAGAUACGCCAUGUUUGGUGUUGUGUUCGUGUUAGUGGAGAUUUUUUAUAUAAUGAACAGUAAAGUAAUAAUAUAUUUUUAAUGAA